CAUUGUACCUAGCUCAUUAACCAGCUAAGCUUCGUGAUUAUCGUAUAGUGUUUGGAAAGGGGGCUGUUUUGAUUAAGUAACGCUUGGUUUUUGUUAAGAUUUCAGAGAAAGGAAAAAUAAAGAAGAGUGUGUUGUGCAAGUGUAUAUAUAAUAUUAUAUAUACCUAUACUACUUGAUGGCUCCGGUGACUAAUUGGCUUUCGUUUUCACUUUCUCCAAUGGAGAUGUUGAGGUCAUCAUCAUCAUCUGACUCACAGUUUUUAAACUAUGACGGUUCCUCACCUGCGCCUCACUACUUCAUCGAUAACUUCUAUGCUAAUGGGUGGGCAACCACUAAAUCUCAAGUGUACUUUUCUGAGGACGACAACGGGAAGUUAAAGAAUUUCUACCAACAAGCAUGGUGGAUUCAACUCUUUUGCCAACCUAUAAUAUCCACCACAAACUCAAACUCACCCAAUUCCAAAACUGAGGACUUUUUUGGCGACUCUUCGUCAAUAGUUCACAGCCAAACCGAGACCCAGGACUCGUCUUUGACUAAUUUUGACCAUAGUUCGGCGUCUGCUUUCUUCAAUGAUCAUCAAGAUCUCAAAGCAAUUGCUGGGUUUCAAGCCUUUUCGGCUAACUCGGGAUCGGAAGUUGAUGACUCAUCUUCCAUGGAUACUGUGGAUAUACUGGAGAGCCUGAAACAAGAAAUUUGCAUGCAUUGUGAAGGCAUUAAUGAGGAGUUUUCUGAGAGAACCCCUCAGACAACUAGGUUGACCAAAGCACCCAUUUCGAAAUUCAAUGUUUUUACCAUAUGUUACAGUACUCUGAAUGUUAAUUUUCUUUCUAUGCUUUUUUCUGCCAUGAAAUAUGGAAUUGUGGGGUAUCUUGCCGUCACUCAACAUUUUAUUCUGCCUGCAGUAUACCUGGGUGGAUAUGACAUGGAAGAUAAGGCGGCCAGGGCAUAUGAUUUGGCAGCUUUGAAAUAUUGGGGUCCUUCAGCAACCACCAAUUUUCCUGUAUCAAAUUAUGCGAAAGAGCUAGAGGAGAUGAAAAAUGUGACCAAGCAGGAAUUCAUUGCCUCGUUAAGGAGGAAGAGUAGCGGUUUUUCAAGGGGAGCCUCCAUGUACAGGGGUGUCACAAGGCAUCAUCAGCAGGGUCGAUGGCAAGCUAGGAUUGGUCGUGUUGCCGGAAACAAAGACUUGUACCUUGGGACAUUUGCCACUGAAGAGGAGGCUGCGGAAGCAUAUGAUAUAGCAGCUAUCAAGUUUCGUGGUGCAAAUGCUGUGACCAACUUCGAGAUGAGCCGAUAUGACGUUGAUGCUAUUGCACAGAGUACUCUUCCAAUUGGCAGUUCUUCCAAGCGCAUGAAGCUCUCACUUGAAACUGAGCCGAAACAGACUCGUAACCAGGAUCUGCAACCACAGUGUAGCAGCAGUAGCAGUAGCAUUAACUUUGCCCCUCUUCAUCCAGUUAAUCCAAUCCCUUGUGGAAUCCCAUUUGAUGUUCUUUAUCAGCAAAACUUCUUCCAAAACUUCCAAGCCACAAACUUUGGCACCGCCAAUUCUCCUGGCUCUGCUGCACCCGUGGCAGCUCCAAUGGCCUUCCUGCCCCAACCAUCCGAGAUCUAUUUCUGGUCUCAUCCCCAGUCUAAUCACCCCCAAUCUUAUUAA